AAUGGCGCGUAAAGUCGUUUUCUGUACCUUCACCUCUUGUUGUCGCCAUCGUUUCUGAGCGGAGGCCGGCCCAAGUCCAUUUGGACCGUUCCUGUAACGCGGAAUUAAUUUUUCUCAUUACCAGAAAAAUCAAUAAAAAAACUAAAUUUUCCACAAACCCGCUCGACAAUAAAAUAAUCAUCAAAUAAAAAAAUCAACGAAGAAUUUCAACACUCCGACUGAAUUAACGGUGACAACAGUUAUUCACUAACUGAGUGAUUAAUUCCAAGUUUUUUUUUCGAAAUAAUCCAAUCGGAAUAAUCAACGGACGAGGGAAGUGUUAAAUGCUAUCAAUUGGAUUCGUUCAGAAACGAACGGCGACGAGGAAUAUAAAAUAAACAACAGAGAAAUAAUCUAAUCAUCAGGGUGACUUGCGGCGACACAACACCGUUCAAGUUACCAUUCCGUCCAGGGACACGAGAGGUUGCAGUACUUCCAGCAAACAGCUCAAUUGUCCCAAUUCAUCGACAGACAUACAAUUCAAAAUCAGUUUCAUGGUUCAUCGAUAUAAAUUAUUUAACAUACGUAUAAAGUGAUAACGGAAGGAGGAAUCUAAUAGCUACUCGAGUUACCUGUUUCCAAUAAACAAGAUAAUUCAAAUGCUCCUUGGGGUGUUUACCACGUAUAGAGGGUUAAACAUAAGUGAAUCAUCGUAGAAUGGGUAGAUUAAAUUGAAAUAAACCCAUAAACAAAGACUUAAAACGCCAGCGAAGUGUUCCAAGGUCAGGAGACCAAGUGAAGUUUAUUACAAAAAUAUCAUAAGGAUAAAAAAAAUAAUCAAGUGCUAUUGAUCAGUGAAGGUGUUAACCAGUGCCUGAAAGAUCAGUUUAUUUCUUCAUCAAUUGCAAUAUGAGAUUAGCCAAUCAUCAGCAUCCGUUGCAUCUUCAAGUGACACGUGGCCAUAAUGGCAAAUUUCUGGUCUACCACAAUGGCCAAAAUCAGGAUGUCAUACAGGGGCAUUGUGAUGAAACAACUACAGCAACAACAACGGUAACACCUGUUGUAUUUCCAAGCUGUGAGGCAAUACCAACUGACAAUGCUGGUCCUACUUUACUUGGGGAUAGAUUUUUACUCGUUGGACCGGCUGAGGGCAGUGCACUCUAUCGAUGUGUUGAUGUUCAAACUGGACAACAAUUAGUGGCUAAGGCACUUAUAUCGAGUGAUAGAGGUGGUGAGGCAUUGUUGAAGGCCCAUUUGAGGCUCGAGGGGACUGGGGCAGCCAGUGGAGUAGCUGGGGUCAUUGAUGCACCAGGGGGGAAGAGAUAUCUUCUCCUUGAAGGACAUCACGGUGAUCUUCAUGCUUAUGUGAGGGCACGAAGGAGACUCAGGGAGCCUGAGGCAAGGCGGCUCUUUCGUCAGGCCGCUAAAGCUGUUGCCAAGUGCCACGAGAAUGGCGUUGUUCUCAGGGAUCUCAAACUGAGGAAAUUUGUAUUUGCUGAUGAAGCAAGGACUCGUUUACGGUUGGAGAGUCUCGAGGACGCUGUGCUAGUCGAUGAGGACGACGAUAAAUUGACUGAUCGUCGUGGAUGUCCAGCGUACGUUGCGCCAGAGGUACUACGAUCAGGGAGAGCAUACUCUGGCAAAGCAGCUGACAUUUGGUCUCUCGGUGUACUUCUGUAUACGAUGCUAGUUGGUAGAUAUCCAUUCAAUGAUGCUGAGCAUGCAUCUCUCUUUGCCAAAAUAUCGAGGGGACAAUUUGCUGUGCCAGAUGGGCUGAGUGCACGGGCUAAGUGCCUCAUUCGUGUUUUAUUAAGGAGAGAUCCCUCUGAGCGUCCUGAGAUCGAAGACAUUCGCCGGCAUCCCUGGAUUACUAAACCACUGGUUAAUACAUCACACAUGGGGGGAAGAUCUAAUAAUCAUGAUCAACAAGUUCCCGAUCCACAACGACCAAGCAUUCUCAAGACUGAAUUUCCGUGAAUUAAAAUGCUUUAUUUCCUUCGUUUAUUCCAAACUCUGCGCAUGAAACUGAGAAUCACUGUUUAUGUAUUUAUAUUUUUUCUAAGAGGAAGUUAUUUGAUGAUCGAGGAAAGCUCCGCAAUUGGUGAACUUCAAUAAUUGAGUUAAAAAUUAAUGAAUAGACUUUUCAAAGGGUUUUUAGGCUGAAGUCGUUGAAGGUGAUUGACAAAUUGCCAUUUUUUAAUUUAAAAUAUUUGAUAAACUCUUUCAAAUCCUAUUUUAGAUUUCAUUCGUCUCACCACUUCAUCCUAGAUAAUCUUGAAAAGGUGAAUAACUGGGAAUUGCGGAGAAAAUUUGAAGGCAUAAAUGAGGAUAAUUGUGUACGCGUUUGGGUAUUUCUUUUUUAAAUUUAUUGAAUAGAUUAAACUAGUGCAUUCACGCCCAACUGUCAGCCCCACUAUUUAAGAACCUUCCUAACGUUCCUGGGCGAAUGCCAGGGCGCAUUCCAGAUUGAGAGUCUGGUAAUAGUAGUUGCAACAACUGAAUAUACUGAAGACGCUUUUUUCUUUAAAUUAUAGAAUGUGUAACUGAGACUUUCUCAGGCUUUCGAAGCAUGGAGAACUUUUUUUUGUGAGUUUGUCUGGCAGUCGAAAAAGAGGUAACUUCCUCAUUGUACGUGUGCAGACAGACUUUUAAAAAUGGAAUGGAUUUUACUUGGUUUGAGAGGAAUGUGUAUAUUUUGAGUUUAUUGGAGAAGCUCUACCCUGAUAAUGAAUUUAAAGAUGAUGGUAACAGCAAGGAGUAGUCAUGAAACCUGUUUUUAAAUUUAAUAAUCGUUUUUUUAUUUCACGAAAAAUGUUUGCAAAUCACGAUUCAACGUUAUGCCUUAUUUAAAGGCAACAUUUCCGUUCUAAUUAAAGAUGAAUUAUCUUUGUUCUUUAGUUGUAAAAGAAUACAAUGUUUUUUAAUACUACGGAGCAAAUCAUUGACCGUUUUGUAGGCAUGUUCUAUUAUUUAUUGGCGGACAAGGAACGCUUGAGAGAAUAUUUAUAUUUGAAUGAUACUGAUUAGGUGUAAAUUUUUUCAAUUGAGUUGAAAAAUUCCAAAAGUGACAAUUACCAAAUUUACGACACAACUUGUCGAAAGGGUAGAGCUGCUCUCAGCCCUAUUGAGUGAUAUGGUUAUAGAACAGAUAAACAAGUGAUGUAAAUACGUAGAUAGAUAAUAAAUAAUUACGUGAAAUAUA